AUGAAGCUGACAGAAAAACCCCCAGAAAUUUAUUGGGUGAAUGCGCUGCUGUCGGCGGUUGCUGUUGGAUACCCGCCGCACAUCACGAUGGUCCGCUACGCAGCCACCUCGAUUGACAACGCAAAGUCCGCCAGGGCUCGCGGCAGCUACCUCCGCACCUCGUUCAAGAACACCCGCGAGACUGCCCAGGCUAUCAACGGAUGGCGCCUUGAGCGUGCCCUCACCUUCCUCGGCAAUGUCAUCGAGCACAAGGAGGCCGUUCCCAUGAGGCGGUACGCUGGCAGCACCGGCCGCACUGCGCAGGGCAAGGCUUUCGGUGUCUCCAAGGCCCGCUGGCCCGUCAAGAGCGCCGAGUUCGUCCUCGGUCUGCUCAAGAACGCUGAGGCCAACGCCGACACUAAGGGUCUCGACACCAGCAACUUGGUCGUCAAGCACAUCCAGGUCAACCAGGCCCCCAAGCAGCGAAGGCGCACAUACCGCGCCCACGGCCGUAUCAACCCCUACAUGUCGAACCCCUGCCACAUUGAGCUUAUCCUCACCGAGGCCAACGAGGCCGUCCAGAAGGCCGAGCCCAUUGCCCACCGCCUGAACUCCAGGCAGCAGGGUCGCGCGACCCGCCGGGCCAUCACCGCCGCAUAGAGAAGAGUUAUUGGGGUCGGCACGGUGUCUAGGGGAAGGAAAACGGAGACGGCAUGGGCAAGGUCUAGGCGUCAAUGAGCGAUGAUCAUAGGGAAUUUCAUACCUUCACGUGUACUCCAGCUGAUUGGAGGGUCAUUAUACCGGUGUCUGCGAUAAAAUUUCGAGGCCAAGGCCUGUUCCCAAUCUCUGAUGAAGAGACGACAACCUCUCAACUAGUUUCCCAAUACUCAACGAAGCACC